AUGGAUGCUCGGAUUUCACAGGCGGAGUUUGCACAUCCGGAUGAAUUGGAUGAGGAAUUCGACAGCUUCCCUACAAGCCGACCCUCUGACAUUGGGAGAAUGAGUGAUCUAGAGUUGAUAGAUCAUAGAGCCAAAAGGCUUAAGGCAGAGACUGAUGUUGAUGAAACCCCUCUGAGAUUUGGGUAUAUACCCAAGGGUUUAGUUGUUAGCAGUGAUGAGAUUGAUCGAAUACGCAAUCAAAACACCAAAAACUUACUCUUGAACCAUAAAAAACUUCACCUGGUGCUUGAUUUAGACCACACCCUGCUUAAUAGUACCUGUCUUGAUGAUUUGUCACCCGAUGAAGAGUAUUUGAAGACCCAAACCCAGGCUGAUCAUUCUCUGCAGUAUGUUAGCAUUGUCGAGACUCCUAGUAUGAGGUUGAUGACCAAGUUGAGGCCGUACAUUAGGACAUUCCUACACCAAGCCAGUCAAAUGUUUGAGUUGUCUGUUUACACGAUGGGUAGUCGGGAUUAUGCUUUGGAAAUGGUGAAGCUACUUGAUCCUGCAAACCUGAUCUUUGGUGGUAGGAUCAUAUCACGUAGCGAUAGCACAGUAAGAGAUAGGAAAAGUUUAGAUGUCUUGCUUGCGCGAGAAUCUAAUGUUGUGAUCAUUGAUGAUAAGAAAGAUGUAUGGGCAACUGACAAUCAGGAGAAUGUUAUUGUAAUGCCUAGGUACCAUUUUUUUAGGUCUAGUUGUCAAGAGUUUGGCCUAAGGAAUGUUAAGCCUUAUUCUGAGUUGAAGAGUGACGAAUGCGAUCGGUAUGGAGGAGCUUAUCUUGCAAGUGUGCUUCAGCUUCUUAGGCAUAUCCACAUUUUAUUCUUUAACGAAGUUGAGUCUCAAGAUCUUGUUGAUAGAGAUGUCAGACCAGUGUUACAAAUUCUGAAGAAGCAAGUUUUGAAUGGGUGUAAGAUCGUUUUCAGCCAUGUUUUCCCCUUGAGUGUCGAGGCAUCAACUCAUCCUUUGUGGAAGAUGGCUGGGCAAUUGGGUGCUACUUGUUCAACAGAGUUUGAUGCAGAUGUCACGCAUGUGGUUGCAGUAGACGCUCGAACCCAGAAGUCAAUUCGUGCAGUUAGAGAAGGAAAGUUUUUAGUAAAUCCGCAAUGGAUUCAUAUCACGAAUAUUAUGUGGCAAAGGCAACCUGAGGAUGAUUUCCCAUGUCAUUAG